AUGGGCGGUAGUCAAGAAGCUCAUCAAAGUGUUUUUGGAUCCGGUGGUCCUCAUGAAUCAUCAUGGACACACGAAUUGAUAGGUGGUGCAGCAGGCUUUGAAGCUAUGAGAGCUUAUGAAAAGCAUGUUGCCAGUACUGGACAGCAAGUAUCACAUCCGUUGAUGAAAGAAAUGCUUGCAGGUAUUGCAGCAGCUGAAGUUGAUAAACUUUUUGAAACGAAAGGACUUGAUUUUCUUGAUCGAGAAGAAGCAAAACGUCGAGCUGUUAGUCAAGCACAUCAACUUGCUGAUGAAAAAUAUGGACAAGGUGGUACAUAUAUUCAUGAAGAACACCAUCGUCAUCACCACCAUCGUUCUGAGCAAUAA